AGUUUGUUGAAUGUAAAUAUACAGAUUUACAGGUCUUUAGUCAACAGAUAACACUCAUUUUACACGGGCUGUUAAGCUACACAAGUUUUUUUGAGAUUUGUUUGAAUUACAAAAUAACAAUUUACAUGGAUAAGUCACAAAAAAACGUUCUUUUGGGAACUUGACAUCUUGUACAUCUGAGGAGAUUAUUAUUAUUUAAUUUUCCUUUCACUUUCUACAUUAAUAGAUGUUAAAUUCUGACAAUUUCCCUCGCGUCUCUUUAGUAUAAAUCUGCAAAUCAAUGUUAAAAAUAUUAAAAUUUUCAGCUAUUAAGGAUAUCUCAUUCACCCCUUGUCAGACAGAAGUUGUUAAUCUGGCAUGUCAUUCUUUGAAAAAAUUAGCGAGUCGCUUGAAGUUAUCUAAAAAAAGAAAUACAAAUCUUUGACACCAGAAUAAUGAAUAGGAUUAAUAUUUAACAAAUCCGUCAUUUACAACCAUUAUCUAACUUUUUUUUGUUAAUAUACAAGUGUCCUCUAACCAAAAUACUUAAAAAAGCGAACCUGUAGACUGAUAAUGGAAAGACGACAUUCAAGCCAUCUUUUGUGUAUUUUGAUGUGUAAAGUAAAUAGUUUUACCAGUAUAGCUUGAAAAUAUACUUACUUAUUAGAAAAGGACUAUGUACAGUGUGUACAGCACUGAGGCCGUUUUUUCUAUAAACUACAUUGGUCGACAACUUGACGUCUCCUAUAUUGGUCAAGUGUACGGUGAUAUUUAGCAUGAGACAUCCUAGAGGCCAACAUAUCCUCCCCCAAAGUACGUGAACUACACGACCACUAUUUAUAGAGAGAGAACGGUCUCUGAACACUUGCUGUGUUUCAAGUUCAUUGGACUAUUUAUAAUCAUUACAACUGAGUCAAACAGUCGUCUUCCUACUGUACAGUUUUAUGCAACCCACUUUAUUUCAUGACGAAGUCAUCCUUGAAGUAUAUCUUUUAGGUCAAUUAUAGGGCACCUGUUUCAUUUACCAUAAAAGAUAUGAUUGCCAUAAGCAACCCUUGCCUUAUGAAUUACAGCAGCCGAAGUGUUAAAUACAUCAUAUCAUCUGAGCCAAUUGUACAGUGUACAUAAACUGACUAGUUUCACAGAAAAAGUAAACUUGUAUUAGUAACACUAGUUGCUUUGUUACAACAUGAAGUACAUUUAAUUAUUGUUUAAAUGUCUUCUUCCAUCUCCACAGUUUUCUGGUCCUCACUGUAUCUGCAUGCACAUUGCACAUUGCACAUUCUGGAGAUCUAAACAACGCCAGUUCUUGACACACUUGUGUAUAAUAAAAAAAUAUUAUUUGAUCUAGUUUUUCUGUUUUUUAACUUUUUCAUAUUUUGAAAGGGUGAUAGAAAUGAAAAGCGAAACAAAAGUUAUAUUUCUUGUUAUUAUUCUGAUUAUUAUUCUAUUGGUAUCUGAAGGAGGGUUAAUAUUCUACACUAUUCUUGUAUCACCUGGAAUACAAGAUCUAUCUCUUGUUUUAACAGGUCUCCUCUCAUUUCUAUUUUUCUUCACUCUUCCAUUCACCGUGUUAGCUUGCUACCUCAUUAAAAGAAGAUUUGUCUCAGCUUUGGUUCCAAAAGAAGAAGAAAGUUUAUGUCGUCGUUUCUUAAACAUUUUCAUAUCAACCGACCAAUCAACUAAUCAAACUACAAACCAACCGACCAACUGCUACAGCAAUCAACCGACCAACUUCUUCAGCAAUCAACCGACCAACUGCUAUAUCAACCAAUCAAGAAAAUAUCCAAUUUAUCAGCCUUCAUCCCAGUCCCAGAAAUAUGUUAAUAAUAGCAGGUUUCCCGUGUUACCCCCUGAUUUCGUUUCUAAAAUAGUAGAUGCUUAUUAUCCUGUAGACGUUAGAUCUGAUGAUGAUUUAAAACUUAGAAAUCAUUUUCUUCCAUUCGAUCAUAACUCAGUAAAUCUUAAAGAUUUCUAUCUGACUGAGAACCAUUACUGUCGAAGUUUAAGUCCUUCUCCCCUACCCCAAGUGAGGUUUCUCACAUCAUCUAAUAAUGAAGCAGGAUUUCAGCUUGAUGAUAAUCUUAAUCAAACUAAAUAAAAAAAUUAAAGAAAAAACUGUUUAAUAAUAAAUUUUUAAUACAGGAUUAACUACGAA